AUGCCUGGUAGCAAUUGCGGUGGAAGCGCCACAAGCAACAUAACAAAAUAUCCCAGCCGUGGACGAAACUCAAAUUCAUCGCCUAAGUCCCAUCAGAUGGAAUACGAACUAAGCAAAGAUGGUGAACUUGUGCCGGUCCCCAGUGGGUCGAAUGUCCUCUACGAGCGAGAUGGACAAAAAGAUAAUGAAGGAGCCCCUGUGCAUAACCCCAACUGCGAUGAUAAAAUGUCGCCUGAAAUUUCUGUUACUGCGUCAAGAAGUAAACGCAAGCAGACUUUUGAACGAAAAAACAUUAAACGUGUACGUGAGGAGAAUACUCUUAGUGAAGAGGCUCAGUCUGCUCAGAAAGCGGAAAUGGAGCGACGACUUAGGCUUCAAAUGGAAUAUCAGGCACAGCUUCCGAAGUCGAAUAAUUCUGAUCUUUGGUCUCCAAUGUCCAAUAUUUCCACCGAUCAACCGACUCCUUCGCUUCCUUGCCCUGAGGCUAUACAAAUGAAGCCUAAACUAGGCAAAGAUGUGAAAUCGUACGACAAACCCGUUUUUGAUAAGUUGAUCUCAAAAACAAGUGCUUUGCAAACAGCCUCAACUGCAUCCGAAAAACUGUUCAAACAGAAACAACUUCAAGCCCUUCAAACGGGUGAUACUGAGGAGACAGCAAUUGUUUUGCUCGGUGACUCCGACGAUGAAAUCGAGCUUCCUAUUAAUGAUGCUGAAAUAAAAAUUACGAACAAUCAGGUAAUUGAACUGAGUGAUGACGACGAUCUCGACGUGGUGGGAGAUUAUGGUAAUGAUGGUGAUAACAGGGAAGAAGAUGAAGUGCAAGCGGAGUUUUGUGAGCUCCGUGAUGCUGAAAACUUACCCGACACCGAGGGCCGCAUUUGCAUCCGCCGUGGCUCUACGACAGCCGAGUCCUUCUACCUCGCUCCACACAUCGCCCGUGUUAUCAAGCCUCACCAGGUGAGCGGUGUGCGGUUCCUGUUCGACAAUCUGGUGGAGGAUCAGACGCAAUUUGAGCGCAAUUCCGGGUUUGGUUGUAUUCUGGCGCAUUCUAUGGGCCUAGGCAAGUCCAUCCAAGUGAUCGCUUUCCUCGAUCUCAUCUUCCGCUACUGCCGUCCUCCCCCUCGCACGGUCCUCCUCAUCGUUCCCAUCAAUACCCUCCAGAAUUGGCAAACAGAGUUCCAAACGUGGCUUCCAUCUGUCCUCUACCCUACUGAUGAGGAGAAGCCAAAAAUAAAUGGCCAUCAAUCCAUUUCUGCCACCGACUUCAAUGUUCCCACCACAGUGACUGCAGUGACGUCGCACCAGCUGCCUCCUAUUGCACAUUCGGAGCCCUCUCUCCUCUCUCUCAUCAAUGACUCUCCUCCUCCGCCUCCCCCCUCGAAUCUCUCUGGGGUAGAACAAAGUGAGAUGAGGGUUGCGACUGGUGAACCGCAAUUCCCACCUCCUCCACCUUCUACAUCGCCACUCGUAGAGCAAUCAAAAGCCGAAGAGGCGGUCCCGGAAGCUCCAUCUUUCCGGUUACAUGUGAUCAAGGAUACUACCAAAUCUCUUGAUGCUCGGUAUCAGGUGGUUUCAGAAUGGGCCCAAGUUGGAGGCGUCCUUCUCAUGGGUUAUGAGAUGUUUCGACUACUAACAAAUCCACGGAAGCAGAACCGAGUAAACAGUGUUUCUAGUGGGAGUCCCUUUGUCUACAGCGGCGGCAUCCCAAUAAACGGCUCCACGAGCGCCCUCUUCUCGCCUUCAAGCCUAUUACCUGACUACGAAAAGCCCUCUAGCAGGAAGAGAAAACGCCCAAUCACCAUUGACGUUGAGAAGGAGGAAAAGGAGGAACAUAUGCUUUCUGAUAUGCGUAUUGCCUUGACUGAUCCUGGUCCUCAAAUUGUUAUUUGUGAUGAGGGCCACCGCAUCAAGAACAGUGAGGCGUCGAUUUCCAGGGCUUUAAAAGCUCUUCGAACCCAGCGUCGGGUGGUGCUAACAGGGUAUCCAUUGCAGAACAACUUAAUGGAGUACUGGUGCAUGGUGGAUUUCGUGCGUCCCAACUAUCUGGGCACGAAAGCCGAAUUUACCAACAUGUUUCAGCGUCCCAUUGAGAAUGGACAGUGUGUGGACAGUACAGAGGCAGAUCGAAAACUAAUGCAGGGUCGUGCCCAUGUGCUACAUGAACUUCUCUCCGGUUUUGUUCAACGUCGGUCUCACGCAGUUCUUAAGGCGAGCCUUCCCCCGAAGCAGGAGAUCGUUUUGAUGGUUCGAAUGUCUCCGCUACAACGACGUCUUUACACUGCCCUCAUGAAUCACAUCUCUAACUCCUCCAAUAUGUACGGCACCGUCCUACCUCCAGCCAAUACAUUGCAAACCUACGCAUUGUGCUGCAAGAUUUGGAACCAUCCCGACGUAUUGUGGCGGGUGGUCAAGGAGAACGUGGACGAAAUGAUGGACUUUGAGCUGGAUGACGCAUCAAACACAGCAAAUGGAGGUACAAACCAGCGGACAAAGCGAAAAGUUAACGGGAGUAACCCAGUGGUUUCUGGUGGGAGCUCGACCAUCGAUGAUAAGUACGCAUGGGUAACUAACGAUCUCUGGGGUGUUGACUUCAGGGCUGGUGAUGUUCGCAACAGUGGGAAGCUAAUCCUGUUUCUUUCCCUCCUUUGGGAGAGUGUUCGUAUGGGCGAUAAAAUGCUCCUCUUCUCUCAAUCUUUGAUGACGUUGGAUCUCAUUGAGCGUCUUCUGGGUCGACUCCCUCUGGAUUCAGAGAGGCCACCUUCGCCAUCACAAUCGCAGACGUCUCAGGAACAGCUACAUCAACAGCAAUUGGAGGAGGAGGAAGAAACAGAGAAAACUGUACACUAUCGCUUUAACCGUCGAAUGGGAAAUGAUCCAUCUAAGCAGCCUCAGGUGUGGGUUAGAAAUGUGCAUUACUUCCGGCUGGAUGGAAGCACAUCUGCCACUGAUCGGGAUCGUCUUAUUCGGCGUUUCAAUGAUCCUACCAAUUUGGUCAGGCUAUUUCUUGUUUCAACAAGAGCCGGUUCCCUUGGAGUGAAUCUUGUCGGCGCUAACCGGGUUGUGGUAUUUGAUGCUUCGUGGAAUCCUUGUCACGACUGUCAAGCUGUAUGUCGUGUCUAUCGUUACGGACAGGAGAAACCCUGCUACAUCUACCGCCUUGUCUCCGACAACACAAUGGAACGCAAAAUAUACGACCGUCAGGUAAACAAACAAGGUGUGUCGGAUCGUGUUGUUGAUGAAAUGAACCCGGGACAGCAGUUCACACGAGCUCAAGUGGGAAUUCUGACAGCCUAUGAGGAUAAGGAAAUGCCUUCACUCUCUGAUGAGGAUUUGCAGUCUAUAUCCGAGCUCACGAGUGGCGAUUUCGUUCUAAAGGCAACUUUGGAGCGCAAUAGGGAGUGGAUUACAACGAAACCCUUCACUCACGAGUCCCUCUUGAUCGAUCGGAAGGACUACCGCCUAACGCGUGUUGAGAAGCGUAUUGCACGCCAGCGCUAUGAGGAGGAGCGCAGGGUCUCCUCCUCUUCCUCCAUGUACAGAAGCAGUGCUGCCGCGACCGUCCUCCAGUAUCAUCAGUACAUGAUGGCUGCUGCCGCCGCCUCUAAUGCCUCCUUUAAUCCCUACGGCAAUAUGCCAGUGAACUUCGCUCCCCCUUCACAACGCGGUACUCCAAACAUUCUCUCGAGGAGCACCAACACAAUACACCAUCAGACCCAUCCCAUUUUCCCUCCCACACCCUAUUCCUUCAUACCGCCUGUGAUGGAUGAUUCAGCCGCACGCCGCUACGAGGGCAUCCAGCGUAACCGAAUGCUACAAAAAGACCUCGACGAGGCUCGUAUUCGUGCAGUGUCUCGCGAGAUCGGUAUUACUCUCCCUAAUGGACCCCUAGGAAAUGACUAUAAAAUUACUCGUGUUGCUGCAUCAACGGACCUCAUUUUCCCUCAAUCUACACAUCCACCGGCGCCUGAACGGAGUAUCUCCAAGGGCGAAGUAGUGGAGAUCAUUCAGGCGGGCAACAACGGCAAGUACCUUCGACUGCCUCGCACUGGCGACAUCUAUGUCGUAAAACCGGCGGCCAAGGAGACGAGUGAAUCAAAUGAUACUCCACAGCAGCAGCAGCAGGCGCCGCAGCAGCAUGGAGAAAUGCAGACCCAGAUUGGGAAGAUCACUCAAUCUGCCUCGACUUCCCUCCCACUCCCACCUUCGUCCGUCUCGCCUCCCUGUUCGCGGUGUCGACAUCCCACCUCAGCGAGCUGUCUCUGCUCCAGCAACCUCUACUCCUUUCCCUCAGUGUUGACUCCUGCUUCUGCUCCGCCCCCUCCUCCUCCCUCGGCAGCCAUAUACCACCCUCCUACUUACACAAAUCAGUAUGCUCCGGCGGGGUCCUACGUCCCUCCCACUACGCCCCAAAGCUACCCGAAUUACUGA